AUGGUGGCGUACCAAAACGACCAUUUUAUGUGAGUUUAUUGAACAUGGCUGCCUCAAUGCAAUCAUUGGCACUACAUGGGUUGAAUUCAGGCAUGCCAUGCUCAUUACAAUCACACUCUGGCAUUACACCCCUUUCUUGUUAGAAAUUUAGUUUUUUCCCAUGACAUCAUUAUAAAUAGCAAAUGUAUGCAACGUGACAUGUAUCAUGAAGUAUUGACAUUGAACAUUUUCCUCCAGAGACCUCUCCAACAGAGACAAUGGCCCAGAGGGCAUGGAGCCAGAUGGCAUCAUUGAGGUAAGUGGUGUGUGUGUCAGGCUACACUUUGUCAAAAGUUGGAUAAAGGACAGGUUGCAUUGUUGAAUAUUUGAAUGGCAGGUAGUCCAAUGGGAUGGAAGAAGAGAUGCAAGUAUCUCACACCCACAAUCAGGGUCUUGCAUGGUUUUCUGUCUCCGCUGGCUGUAAAACAGUACUGGGGUUUGUGUUGGGGUGCUAUUUAAACUGACCGUGCUCAACGUUAUUUUUUCUCUCCACAGAGUAACUGGAAUGAGAUCGUGGACAGCUUCGAUGAGAUGGCCCUGCGUGAGACACUUCUGAGAGGAAUCUAUGCCUAUGGUUUUGAGAAACCGUCUGCCAUUCAGCAGAGGGCCAUCCUCCCUUGUAUCAAGGGUAAGUACAAGCUUCCUAAAAUAUAAACUCGCACACACACAGGAUAUAACCUCUGCAAGUUGUUUAUUUUGUUCACGUUUCAGUCAGACCGUUUUCCAGAUGGGUAAAAGCUAAGGUUCCAAAUGCCUAUUAUGUGUUGAUUUUUGAACAUUGCUUUUUGCUUCAAGACGAUCUAGCCUAAGUUGUCGCUGACUGAAGUUGCAUGAGUUUCUAUACUUACAUACUUACUUAAUCCUCUUAAUUCCUAUGUAGAACAUAAGGUUUUCUUGAGAGAUCAUACUAUACUGGCUUUUAUUUAUUCCAGAGUAUCCUACCCGUCAGGUUUGGAGACGUUGUCAAUCAUGCCUUUCAUUUUUGUAUUAUUUUCAUGCAAGUUAAUGAUUAAGCUUGCACGUUUCCUAAGCUUCAAAACAGUGUGACCCAAAUGCCUUUCAAGCUUAUCCUUGGCCUUAGUAACUAGGAACCAAAUUGGAUGAAACGGGGAGGGACCUAACUGAAUUUGUUCAAUAAGAAACGCUUGUUUUUGUUUUCUGUUGCAAAAUGUUUUGCUACGGUGUGAACAAAUGAAUACGACCCUUCAUUCCCCACCAGGUUAUGACGUCAUUGCACAGGCCCAGUCCGGCACAGGGAAGACUGCCACGUUCGCCAUCUCCAUCCUCCAGCAGAUUGAUAUCGAGCUGAAGGGCACCCAGGCCUUGGUCCUUGCUCCUACCCGAGAGCUGGCUCAGCAGGCAGGUUGCACAAACAUUAAAUUGCCCUAA